AUGACUGCUCAGAAUACAGUUCAAACGGAAUGGUAUACAACUCUUUGUGGUGAAUGUACAUAUACGUUACCUGUACGAUAUCAAGAAUUAUCAUCUAUUGGCCAAGGUAGUUACGGAACUGUGAUUCUUGCUAAAGAUAAAAAAACAGGUCGACUUGUAGCUAUUAAAAGAUUGUUGCGGCCUUUUCAAACUGUAACACAUGCGAAACGAACUUAUCGAGAACUUAAAUUACUUAUCUAUCUCAACCAUUAUGAUGCAGAUGUUGUACAAUUAUAUGAUGUAUUUACACCUGAGAAAAAACUGAGCGAUUUUAAAACAUUAUAUUUUGUCUUCAAUUUUGUUGAUUAUACCUUGCAAAAAAUUACAAAACCUCGUCAGCCAUUGUCAGAAGAUUUUAUUAGACAAACUAUCUAUUGUCUUCUUCGUGGUUUGAAGUUUAUUCAUUCAGCUGGUAUUAUCCAUCGUGAUCUAAAGCCAGCAAAUAUUGGAAUAGAUAAAGUGGGUAAUGUAGCAAUUCUCGAUUUUGGUUUAUCUCGUAUUGCAUCAGAUGAUAUUCAAACUGGUUAUGUUGCUACCCGAUGGUGGCGUGCACCAGAAGUAAUUGUCAAUUGGGAAAGAUACAAUCAAAAACUUGAUAUAUGGUCUGUGGGUUGCAUGAUGGCAGAAUUAAUACUACUUAGACCAAUUUUUCGUGGAAGAGAUCAUAUCGAUCAGUUAAAUAAAAUAUUAGACAUAACCGGUACACCAAACAUACAAACAUUAAAUGAAAUAUGCACAGCAGAACCACGAAAUUAUAUAAGUCAAAUGACACCGAAACCAAAACAAGAUUUUAAUGAAUUAUUCGGUUAUAAAUAUGACUUAACAGGUACCGUACCAAUAUCAGGUGUUUCAACAGAAGGUGUUGAUUUACUUGAUCGUCUUCUAUCUUUUGAUCAUCGUCUGCGUCCAACUGCAGAACAAGCACUCGCUCAUCAAUUUCUGAAGCAAUAUCAUAGUACAAUAGAAGAACCCACUAUAGAACCUCUAGUUGAUGAACAUGAAGAUGCACAAUAUACUAUAGAACAAUGGAAAUUUAUUGUUUGGCAAAUGGUUGAAGAGUUUGUACCACCAUCUUGGAUUAAUAAUGAUCAUGGUGACAAUUCAUGA